AUGGUCGCGAUCGGCGGCUCAGAAAACUUCUACAGCGUGUUCGAAGCUGAAUUGGCGGAUGCGGUGCCUGUUGUGCAUGUAAGUAUCGCGGGAUGCCGUAUCAUCGGCCGUAUGACCGUAGCCAAUAAGAACGGCCUGCUGGUGCCGUCUUCCACCACCGACACGGAACUUCAACACAUCCGCAACAGUCUACCAGACAGCGUCAAAGUGCAACGGGUAGAGGAGAGACUCAGCGCCCUUGGAAAUGUAAUAGCGUGCAAUGAUUACGUAGCUCUAGUGCAUCCAGAUCUUGACCGCGACACUGAAGAAAUUCUGGCAGACACACUUAACGUAGAAGUAUUCCGACAGACAGUCGCAGGGAACGUCCUCGUCGGCUCUUACAUCGCACUAAGCAACAGAGGUGGCUUAGUCCAUCCUAAAACCACAAUACAGGACCAAGAUGAGCUGUCAUCUUUACUGCAAGUACCACUUGUGGCCGGCACAGUGAACAGGGGCAGUGAAGUGGUGGCAGCAGGAAUGGUUGUCAAUGACUGGAGUGCUUUUUGUGGUAUGGACACCACCUCAACAGAAAUUUCCGUAAUUGAGAGUGUUUUCAAACUGAAUGACGCUAAACCGACAGCAAUCACAUCAACCAUGCGUGCUUCACUCAUUGACAGUAUGUCA